CCCGCGCCGAUGACUGAUGCCGCACGUUGCCCGACCGACGCGCCCGGUGCCGGAGCUCCGCGCCGCCGCCUCCUUCUCCCGCAGCGCCUCGGCCGGCCGCGGUCCCGCCGCCUCCGGGCGGCCCGCACCGAGCUCGCGAGCGAGAGGUUCUUGUGAGAUUGGUGAAAAUAAGCCUACGUUCCAGGGAUGCAAGAGGAGCAACAGCCUGAGGCUGCUGCUGAUCCAAUGUCCUCCUCUGAUGUACCAGAAGAUGGCCCAAAGGAAACGUCAAGUGUAUCGCAGAGUAUCUCUGAUGCAGAUGCAUUUAAAAUCCUUUUGGAGAUGAAGAUGAAGAAGAGGCAGAAAAAACCUGCCUUACCAAGCACUGUGACUGAGCUUGACACCGAGGACGGUUCUAAAGUGUACGUGGUUGGAACAGCCCACUUCAGUGACAGCAGCAAAAAGGAUGUAGUGAAGACAAUACAAGAAGUGCAGCCAGAUGUGGUUGUAGUGGAACUGUGCCAGUAUAGAGUUUCUAUGUUAAAGAUGGAUGAGAAAACUUUACUAAAAGAAGCCAAAGAAAUAAACCUGGAAAAACUUCAGCAAGCUAUAAAGCAGAAUGGAGUCAUGUCUGGACUGAUGCAAAUGCUGCUUCUGAAAGUGUCUGCUCACAUCACAGAACAGCUGGGGAUGGCCCCAGGAGGAGAAUUCAGAGAGGCUUUCAAAGAGGCUAGUAAAGUACCUUUCUGUAAAUUUCAUCUUGGAGACAGACCCAUCCCUGUUACAUUUAAGAGGGCAAUUGCUGCACUUUCUUUCUGGCAAAAAGUCAAGCUUGCCUGGGGCCUUUGCUUCUUAUCUGACCCAAUCAGUAAAGAUGACGUGGAAAAAUGCAAACAGAAGGAUUUACUGGAGCAGAUGAUGGCAGAGAUGAUUGGAGAAUUUCCUGAUCUUCAUCGAACAAUCGUCUCGGAACGAGAUAUUUACUUGACCUACAUGCUGAAACAAGCAGCAAAGCAAAUAGAACUACCUCGAGCUUCAGAAACUGAACCUAGGAAAUACAUCCCUGCUGUUGUAGUUGGUGUGGUUGGGAUGGGUCACGUACCUGGAAUUGAAAAGAACUGGAACUCUGACUUAAACAUUCAGGAAAUAAUGAGUGUGCCUCCUCCAUCAGCUUCAAGUAAGAUUUUCAAAUUUGUCAUAAAAGCAACAGUUUUUGGACUGAUGGGUUAUGGCUGCUACCGAAUAGGUCAAAGGACAGUUCAGUUUAUUCUCUCGAUGCCAGCAGCACAGAGCUAUCUUCAGAAGCUGACAGAAAUAAGGUCUCAGCAUUGAACCUAAGUGGAGGCACAACGUGAAGAAAGUGGCUGAAAAAGGCGAUGGAGGCAACAAACGUGAACCGGACUGAAAGAAGAAGGAAAUGAGGAUUCUACUCAGAGGCGAUGGGUGCGGAGCAAAGCUGAAUUGCUGUAUAAUAAAAGAUUUGAUACUGAACUUACACCAGCUAUGAUCUGAUGAGUAAGUUUGAUUCCUGGUGCGUUGCAUGAAACCACAUGAUUCCAGAUUGAGGCAAAUGUAAUACGUACACAAAUAUAUAUUAUAUAUAUCUGUAAGGUGUGUGUAUAUAUAAUAUAUAUUAAUGAUGAUGUAAUACAGACAGCUUAAGGAGUGUAUGCUCGUGACUUUUUUUCCAGGAGAACAGAACACCAAGUAACCAAAUUGGCUGCAUCUGCUGUGAAAUUCAGGGACACUUGCUGGAGUGAUUUAUUUUCUUUCCUCGGGUAUAAUAAUACCUAGCGGUCAUUUCUGGUGCCAGACACUUUACACAUAAUUCAGAAGGGCGUCUUCUCAAUGUGUGUUUUAUACUUAAAAACAUUUAGGCUUUUUAAAGACUUGAAAGCUUUCCAAAAAUGUCAGAACUGUACAGGCUGCCGUAUGUUCACCACUCGGAUUUUUUUACAAGCCUUACUGAAGAACGGAAAUGCUGCCUUUAGAUUGCAUCCCUCCUUACCACCACCAGUUGAAUUGUCUUCUGCAUAGAGAAGGUAGAGCCACGCCAUCAGAAUGCAAUGUGUCAGAUGUUUACAGGACACUCUGUUCCUUUAGAUUAGGUUAUUUAAAGUGUAUUGUUUAGCCAAAUCCUGCUGGAUUCAGUAUUGUAAAUUUGAGACUAGAACUACUGUACAGGUUUUGUUUCUCGGACCUUUCGUUAUCGGGACAAGAAGUCUGGAAUUGAUCGUACCUGCUCCUCAUUUUUGAUACAUGAAAAUAUUUUAUUUAUCAAUGUAAUUUCUCAGUGGAUGAAUAUUUUAAUCUAUUUAAUAGAAAAGCAGUGUUCAACUUAGUUUUUCAAACUGGCGAUAGCAUUUUAUUUGGGUUACCUGCUAUUUAUACAUAGAAUAAUGGGUACGUCAGACUGCUGUGAUUUUUAAGAUUUUCCAGAACAGCCAUCUGUCACCCAUCUCUUUUAUCAUUUAGGCUGAUAUGUAAUAGGAGGUUUGGUACCAUUUAUACGGGGUUUUUGAUGAUUGUAAAGUGCCCUCUGCAAUCAGCUGCUCCCAGUUCCACAGUGCAGACAGCUUUGAUUGGCAUAUCAGAGUUUUAACCUGAUGUAUUUGAACAGAAGAGUCCCAUUUGCUCCUCAGGCUCACAUACAGUUGCUCACUGAUUAAAGUGGGGUUUUUGUUUUUACUGAUUGCUUUCGGGACUGAAAGAUGAGAACCAGUGUGUGAAGCAAGAGGAGGAAAACAACACGUUGUACUUUUGUGUUUCCUUGCUGCUUUCAAUUGGUUCAAUAAAAUCAACAGACUGCUCUCAACAGGGUGAAUGGCCAGAGCCUUGUGCUGGAGAUCAUCCCACGCAGCCUAUUGGUGGCUGGAGGCCUGUAUGUGUACCUGCCAGGCCCUGCUCUGCGAUGGCAGUGACUUUGCUGGGAGCUGAUCUGUCCAUGCAGCCUGAUGCUCUUAUGCCUCACACUCUGCAAACAUUGAGAGCCCUUGCAGCAAAUGACUGAAGUAUGUGUUCUUUAAACCUAUGAAAUCAAACCCAGUCCUGCAGAGCACUUCAGACAAUGCGUGCUGUGUUUCUGGACCUGGGCCUUAGAGCUGUGCAGGGAAUAAACCUGAGCAAAUGAGAAUGGCAGCAGUUCAUACUUCAUGAACACAAAAAUGUGAUGGUGAUACAGAGUAGGAUGGAGUCAGGUUCUUCUCGUUUUCCAUCAGUCAGUGCUUGAGGAGCCCCAGCCGUCUCUAGUGAGACUGAAAACCACACUGAUGAAAUCUUUAUAGAAGACUGGAGUGACUGCCUCCAUUUUGCUUCCUAACUUUUUUUUGUAAAGGUUUAAUGAAUUGUUUACAGAUAAGCAGUCCUAUUUGAAUAAUUCUAUUCCAUGUUACAUACAUUAUUAAGAGAUGAAAGCAGGAGCUUGAGCUUCUCCUGGCUCUCCUGACAUACCAAAAGAUUGUUGUUGUCGUUUUCUUGUUUUUUUGUUUUGCUUUGAAUUUGGUUUUGUUUGGGUUAUUUUUAUUUUGAGGUCUUUUUAGCUGUUAGUGUUCAAAAUAUAUCAGUGUCUUGCUUUAAGAUACCUACUGGUUUUUAAGGUAUCUGCAGAUAUUGUGAAAGCUCUGUAGAUCUUUGAUAUCUGUGCUCAGGUAAUUUUACACAAAGGAAAGCAAAUCUAAGGUAAAUUUUAGACAUGAGCCUUAAACUCGGGUGGGACUAAUGCUAGACAGUUGUCAUGGAGCAUUCUUGCAGACUUGACAUCAUAUGCUUUUUAGCCAGAAGUGUAAGCUGGCUGCUUGUUAAUCGGUCAUUAUCAGCAGUUACUAUCUUGAGUCUUUGUUUCACUUUUUCUUCUUUCUUUUUAAACAUAUCAUCAGCAGAUAUGAAGGAGGCUGUCUGGGGACAGGUCUUGCAGUUUCUUCUCACUGUUGCAAACUGGCAGAGGUUGUACGUAUGCACUGUUUGCUCAGUGGCACUUGAAAGCCCGAUGGAUUUGCAGAACUAUCAGUCCUGUGAAUCCAAACACGACUGCUCAGUGUUGUGUAUCCGAUGUGUUGUACCGUCUGUGUAACAAUCAGUGUUUUAGGUCCAUUCUUUUCUGUUCUAGUCAGUCUUCUCAGUGUUAGAGCAUCCUGUAAAACUUAACUCUGUUGAACUGUCCCAGCCCUGCCUCAGCCUUACGAAGCCAUACUGUAUUUUUUUGGUGACAUGUACAUCUGUUUCAUGCGUUUGUACAUGUAAUGUAAUUUGAAGUAUUUUUAACAAUGUGUGCCUUUACUCUAAAGUGAUUUAAAUCAAACAGCAGUAUGUUCUAUGAUAUAAAAAAUAAAAUAUUUUAGCCACUGUUUCUGUUGAAGGCAUUUAUUU